UGAGGAUAGAAAGGAGGCUUUGGCUGCAUAGGAAGGGUUGCACCAUGUCGGAUCAUGAGAGUGGUGACGAGGCGCAGCAGGCCCAGGGCGGGUCUGUUGAACAGGAACUCUGUACAAAGACUUUACAAAUACAAUCAAAAAGGUUUUACCUGGAUGUGAAACAGAAUCGUAGAGGACGGUUCAUCAAAAUAGCAGAAGUUGGUGCUGGUGGGAAGAAAACUCGCCUCCUUCUGGCCAUGUCUAUAGCAGCUGAAUUUAGAGAUUAUCUCACAGAUUUCAGUGAACACUAUGCUUCCCUUGGUCCUCCAAAUCCAGAUAGCCUUCCUGAAGACGGCAAGCUGAAGAGUGAGACUAUGGUGAAGGAUAACAGACGAUAUUACCUUGACCUGAAGGAGAACCAGAGGGGGAGGUUUCUCAGGGUGAGUGUGUCACAAACACGCACCAGAGGUGGACCACGUUCUCAAAUAGCCAUUCCGGCUCAAGGUAUGAUAGAAUUUCGGGACACCCUGACCGACAUUCUAGAUGAGUUUGGGACGGACGACCACGGUGAGUCUGAUGAAGGACAGAGCGAGCUACCUGAUAGCAAAUAUUUGAGAGUAGAAAACAAAAUGUUUUACUUCGACGUGGGGUCAAAUCGCCGUGGCGUCUACUUGAGGGUAUCAGAGCCCGAACAGGUUCGCACAAAUUAUCGUACCGCCAUCACCAUUCCUGAAAGGUCAUGGGGCAGGUUUCGUGAUAUGCUGUCAGAAUACGCCGACAGGCCUGGGUCUUGCCCUAAGGGAGACAACAACAGCCAGUAAACAAAAAGGAGGAACAGAGGGAAUGUGCUUUGUGAUGAGGGUUGUUUUAGGAUUGAUUCAAACGCAUGGGUGAUGCAGUUAAGGAAAUAUUCUAAUUCCGAGUCAAGCAGGCUAUAGUGUGAUCGUACAGCGAAUACACAGCUUCUAAGACUAAAAUAUCGCUGUAUACGCAGUGCUCCGCGAGGGCUGACCGAAGAAUCGUGAGUGAUAUUGUGUUCAAGUUGCAAAGAAAUUGGUCAUGACACAGUCUGGAGAAAGAUUGUCCAGAUUUGUCAUUGACAAGACCCAAGGCCAAAGCAGUGAUGAACAUGUUUAUAUAUAGUCUUUCAAUGUUUUAGUAUGAUUGAAAUCUAAUAUUUCAAAAAAGAAAAUAGAAAGGUCGACUUGCUGUACAAAGGCAUUUUAAUUGGAUUUAAAAGCAAAUUGAUAUGCUUUUGUUUUUAAAGCAGAAUGCAAUUAACGAUUGUAUGAAUUAAGAUGAUUUUUUCGUGUGAAUUAUACACGGAAAAAUGUACGAUGAUAUUUACAUGGUACAUUCGUGGCAACCAUAUCAUUUUCCCUUUAGUUCUGUGUUUCUAAGACCAGUUAUCAUGAAGCACAUUUCCUUCGUUUGCUAAUAACACUUGAAGCAACUCAGUGGGGCGUGCCGCUAUCUAACGGUCGUGAGAUGGCGCCCCCUGGUAGACCGCAGUCUGUACAGUGUGUCACUUCAUCGUCUUUGUGGAGAGUUUCCCGUGAUUGUGUAUAAAUGAUAGAACAUGGCAUGGUGUGGGUUUAGCCUGCGGUUUUGUUGGUGUCGCCAGUGUCGCCGGUAGAGGAAUCGUAGCUUUAUGUUUUAGUCUGUACUGGGAUGUGACAUCCGGGUUAAAUAAAUGCUUGUAUGAAAUCUAACCAAGAAGCAUGUGCAUGCUUGUAAUCAGUCAGACUCUUGAAUUGCUUAAAGGAUAAAAACUUGCUGUCCAUGUUUCAAAGGGCAUGAACCUGAUCAGACAUUAAGCAGACCCCAGUUUCAUCAAUACUUUUAAACUUUAAAUUUCCCAUAGGGAAGUAUUACAGAAUUUGAGGAAAUUUUCUUUGCUUUUUUUUUUUUACCUUAAAUUCAGUAAUGCUUUCCUGUGAAAACUUUAAAAGUGAAGGAAUUUCCGUAAGUUUAGAAACGUCGAUGAAACUGGGACACCGGAUCACACAUAUCUUUGGCAUGUAGGCAUGAUGAAGUCAAAUUAAUACAUGUUUUCAUGACAAAGUUUGAUAGAAUUACCAUUCCAUACACAUUGCAUUGGACUGGAUAAAGCACCAAUUAGCCAAAUUUUUAUCCCUACAUUUUUUUCUAGUGGUCACAUCAGGAAAUUUGGUAAAUUUUUGUAAAAGGCAAAGUAAUUUUUUAUGUGUCACCAUGAUUUGUCGGUAUAGAUAGUUAAUUGGUUUGGCGAACUGGGACCUGGCGACAAGGAGCAGGGUUUGGCCAAUUUUGUCUAUCAGAGAGUCUGUUGGGUACUGUGAUGUGGUAUGUAUUGGUGAAGUAGGACAAGGUUUUAAGUUAGCCUUUAUGGGCUAGGGUCAUUUCUAUUCCCCCCCCAGAACAGCUAGCAACAUCGGAAAAUCAAUGUGACUUCUUCUGAUAAAAGGCUUGUUUUUUAUUUUCUUUAAAGCAAUCAGAGCUGCUUUUUUAAACUCAAAGUGACAGCUGAAAUCUGUUUUUAUUAUCAAUUGGUGAUUUAAAACGACAUCAUUUUAUAUGACAAUAUUUUGUAUACAUUGUAUAAAUUUAUAUAUAUAUAAAAAAAAAAGAAGUUCAGUGUUUAGACCGCAAAUGAAAUUAAUAUCCAUAUGAUCAUAAACACACAUUUAUAUAAAGAUUGAUGGAGGUAUUGCCAUUGUCAAGCUUGCAAAUAUUCUGCCAUCAGUACUACACGAGUACUGGCAGUGAAGGGGAGAUAAGUCUAGCGUGCUACAUUGUGAUAAUAAAUAUAUGAAAUGUGUGCAGCCAAGUGCUGCUUAAAACCUUGUGUCAGACCUUGUAUCCGUGUUUUGUGUUACAAAGCUUACCCAUACCUUUAACAUUGUGAUCAAUACAUUGGUUACAAUUCUGUAAUUAGGAUUAAUGAUUAUGUCUUUUCAGCUUUUUUGUCCUUCGGAAAUAUUUCUGUUUUCAAUUUGGUAUAGAGUCUGUACCGUGUAUUGAUGUUCUUGCUAAAAAUAAUCACCAGUCAGUAAAAUUAGAUUCUUUUCUAGACUAAUUUUGGUCUUAUAUAUAGAUGAGUAUAUAUAUAUAUAUAUAUGUAGGGUUUGGUGUCAUAUUAUUUAAGCACAGAAUUUCAUGUUGGGAGUAUGUAAUAAUUGGACAAAAGUUGCUGAAGUUGCCUUGUAUUUCUCAUAUUAUAGGCUGGUAUUUAUUUGAUCUUUUUUGAAAACUUGUUGACACUUGUAUUUGUUAUUAUCUUUGAAUGAGUUAAUUUUGUUCUCCUUCCCAGCUCUGGUAAAUUGGUGCCGUUCCAUCGUGGUGUGGGUAUCGCAUUCUAGCUACGAUUUGUUGAUGUCGCUGUUUGAAGAUGCAGCGUAUCACGUUCUAGCUACGUGUUCACGUUCCUGCCAUCUUUGGCUGGUGCCGAAUCCGCGGCAUGAAGGUGCGGCAUAUCACAUUCUAGAUAUAAUUAGUUGGUGCCGCGGCGUGACGGUGCAGCAUUAUGUUGUAGGUAUAGUUAGUUGGUGCCGUGUCGUGAGGGUUCGGGCUUAAGAUAGUCUGUUUUAAUGGUAACUCAGUUAUUAAAAGUAGUUUUAUUGAGUCGGGUGACUGAUCGUGAAGUGCUAUAGUCCAUUAUUUGCUUUACAUAUUAGACUUGAUGCUGUAAACUUUCCUAUUUUAGUGGUGAUCUCAUUUUGGCUCUUUCCAUGCUUUCAAUGUUAAGCUAAAUUAUGAUUGAACUGAUCACAAAAGCUGUAUUUCUGUCUCAGUGGUUGUGCCAGGACAUCAUAGUUCUUAAGUAUCAGAAUGCAGUAUAGAAUUAUUGCACUAAACUUCGAGUCUACUAUUAAAAUAGGUAAUUUUACGGUAUAUACAUGUGUAGGAGGAAGAAGGUUUGGAUUCGGUAUAAAAAGGAUUGCUAUCAGAUCAGAGAAGCAUGACAGACGUUUUAAGAUGAAACAACAGGUUUAGGAAACCAAAAAUCUCGCUAUAUAUAGCUUCAAGAUCUCCCAAUCUUCUCUGUCACCUUGUGAAUUUGAAAAGUAAACAUCAACCAAUCAGAUGGCUUUUGCAUUAAAGAUAGCAUAUUCAGCCUUGAUUCUGUUAGAACGUGGUUUGCUACAUAUAUAUGGGGCACAGUGAAGAUUGGAAGGUCCUGAAUGUUACUUUCUGGAAAGUCGGGAAUGUAGUAUGGAAAGUUUUAAAAUCUUUUCAUGGAAAGAGAAUUUUUUUUUUUUUUAAUUUAAUAAUUUUAAGAGCUAUAUUUGUGUUUUGUUUUGAGAAGUUAUGAAUAUGUAUAAAUGAUUAUUCUGGGGCAACAUGCAAUAUGUUGACUGUCAUUUUUUUAUAGUAAAUCCAAUUGUAGUUUUUAUUCCUUACUUGUGGAAUGCAAAACUGUACGAGUUACCUCCCUUCCCUCACAAAAACCCUACAUAAUACCAACCCCAAACAGACCAAACCAUUGAUUGACAUUUGUGUUAUUUUUUGCUGUUUACUUAUAUUUUAAAACAAAAUUGAAACUGAUAUUUUUAUUUACUUAUAUUUUAAAACAAAAUUGAAACUGAUAUUUUUAUUUAACAUAUUUUUUUUCACAGGAGGAAAUCCUAGAUAGAGAAUAGCAUUAAAAUUUAAGAUGCUUUUGUUGAAGUACAUAGUUUCAAAAGAUGUUCAAUUCUCAUUGGUUGCGACCGGAUACCAGUUCUAAAGGAAGGGGACUUGUACAGUCAGGAAAUUUACCUAAACUCCACAAGUAAGGAAUUUCGAAAUUCAAACCACUCCUUGUACCUACACGUUUUAUUAACACCAUUGAUCAUAAAACAUUACACAAUGUCAGUUUUCAAGGCAUGCAUAAGCUGCAUGUUCUUAAUUUUUGGUUUUUAUAGUCUCCUUAUUUUUAUGUUGUUAUCAUGUGUCUUGAGAGAUUGUUACAUUACAGUACAACCUAGUGCUAUCAAGUCAUUUGUUUUCUCUUUUGAAUUUUAUAAACUGAAAGAUGCAAAUUAUCCAACAACUUGAUACAACUCGUGAAAUUUCAACAAAUUGUACCGGUCUUGAUUUCUUGAGGGAAAAAGACUGUGAUAGUUUUCAUCAUAUUUAAAUUGUUUUUGUUUGUACACAUGUAACUAAUUUACAUUUAACUAUUUAAUUUUUUUUGUUUUAACAUUUAUUUUCAGUUCACAGUUCAAGAUUAAAAAAUCUGUUUAAAAUAAAAUCAUAAAGGAAGAAGUAUAAAUUCUGAAAUCAGAUGAAAAUCUCUCUUUUUUAUUAUUGUUUUUAUUUACCAGAAAAUAAAGGGGAAAAUGAAAUUAGAAAAAAUGUGGACUUGUCACAUUUUUUUCCCCGAUUUUAAGCGCGUUUGAAGCAAAUUCAAUAGUAACAAGUUAUUUUUUGAAAAGAAUUGUUUUGGACAUUAUGGAAAAAAUGAUUAUUUGAUUUUGAGGCCUUAAUUUAAUCACACUUUUCUUUGUUCUAUCAUCACUUGUGUCGCAUCAUUUCUUAUUCAAUUUAAUUAUUACUGAUAAUUUAACUCCUGGGGUGUUGAGAUAUUUGUUUUAAAGUGAAAGUUCAUGGUUAGUAAACAAAGAUGGAAAUGGUAUACCUUUGGAAGAUAUUUAAACAUCUUUCAGGUGGCACAGAUAAGAUGUUUCUCAGAAAUAUCAAAAGCUGGAAAAAUGUAGAAAUGUUUAAGUCGAUACAGAAGAUUUUUACAGGGAAACAUUGAAGGUUGAUAGAAUAAUAAUAUUUGUUUUAAUAUAUUAAGAUCAGAUUGGACAAAAUAUUUGUUAGAAAUAUUUUAAGUUUGUAAAGAUUAAAAAAAAGUGAUAGUUGGCAAGAAUAGAAACUUUUGACACAGAAAUAGGAAUAAUGUUGCCAACACAAUGAAUUGUUAUAGUUGUUUUGGCCAAAGGGCAAUUAUUAUAUUAUAUAGCAUACAAGAAAUGACUGCCUGCUGUGUAGAUGCUUUUUGUGUAUACCGUAUAUAUGCACUCAGGUUAAAAAGUGUGUGCGUGUGUACAGAAAUAAUGAAUGUGUCAUUUUUUUUAAUUAUUUUUUUUUUAAACAUUAAGAUAAAAUUAGGGAGGACUGUCAAAUGGCAAAUACUGUUAAUUCAGAUUUAAUUUGCCACUAUUUGCGGUACAAGUUGUGAUAAUUAAGAACAGCUUAGAAGUUAUGAAAAACCACCUCAAGCAUUAGUAUAUAUAUAUAUAUAAUGAUAAAUUUAAAGCCAUGCCAUUUCCCAGCAUUUCCAUUAUAAAUAAAAAUAAUAAUACGUGGUAUACUAUUUUUUUUCGUUAUCCCCGUUUCACCAUGUAGACUAAUAUAUUUCUCGUUUCGGUUGCAUUUGAGUUUUCGUCUAUACUUGACACUACCGUCCAAAGGUUUUUGAUCUAUUGCCCUUUUUCGCUGUAUUUCAAUAUACUUUUUUCAUCAUUCAUUUUCAGCCUCGGCUUUCAAUGUGGUGUCCUCAUUGCAGUAUUGUCUGCAGGGAAGGAUAUCGGUUGACAUUUUGUAAAUACCUAAUAUUCAAAGGUAUCCUGUUGGUCAACUUCUUGGAAAUUGUAACUUUCAGUUUUUCAAUUGAUGGGGAAAUCUUUAAUCGUACUGAAAGGAGGAUUUCCUUUUGGCGGAAUCCUUUUCAGUACUGGUUUUUUCUUACAGAAAGUUCCUAGUUGUUGGGUACUUACUUUUGUUAAGAUGUUGAUUUCUGACCUACGCCUGUCCCCAAUAAGAGCGAAGUUGAUGUCAUGCAUAGUAUCCUUGAGACUAUUUUUUUAAAUACUAGAAAAAAAAAUGUAGAAAAAAUGUUAUCAUACUGAAAUUCUUACUAUCAUGUACAGUACAUUGAAUGGAACAAUCAAAGAGAUGUUCUCAAAUCUGUUGUGUAAGUAUUAAAAUUCAUCAUGUUUCA